GCUAGCAGUACUGUGUACUGCUCAGAGAGGGCUUGUUCUUUUUGGUUUCUUCAGUGAAGGGAUUUGGUGCAAGGGUGUGAAACGGCGUUGAAAUCAAAGCUAUCUCACAUUUACAAGUUUAAGAUUCUCCAGCACAAUGAUGUCUGUGUCCGGGAGGAAGGAGUUUGACAUGAAGCAGAUUCUGAGGCUGAGAUGGAAAUGGUUUAGCCAGAGCUCUUCUGGAAGCAGUGGCUGUCUCCAGCAGGAGGGAUUUGAGCACCGUAGUAUGGGUCAGAACAGAUUGAAAAGCCACUCGAGGGACAGAAGUGGACUCACAAAAAACAGCAGUCCUGUGAACAGUUUACUGGCACCUGUGCCAGCUCCAAUUUACAGGAGACCUGACAGUCAGCCAUGGUAUCAGCAGAAUACAGUGCCACGCACACCAGAGAAUGAAGGACUCGCUAAAAUUUCUGAUGAAGAAGAUUCACUUAAAGAAGAAAAAGAGAACAAAGGAGCAGUGGAAUCAGGCAGUGUUGAUCUCACAGAAGAGCCUACGGAGAGGUUGUCAUUGAACAGCUGCUCUCCUAUUAGGAUGAGUUCCGGUAGUUCAGAUGAGUUCUUCCAGUCAACGAAUCAUGCAGAGCAGACAUUUCGGAAAAUGGAGAACUACCUCCAGCACAAGCAACUGUGUGAUGUUCUUCUGAUUGCAGGGGAUCACAAGAUUCCUGCUCAUCGGCUUGUCCUUAGUGCUGUUUCCGACUACUUUGCUGCCAUGUUUACAAAUGAUGUGCGUGAGGCCAAGCAAGAAGAAAUUAAAAUGGAGGGUGUUGAUCCUGAUGCACUGAAAGCACUUGUUCAUUAUGCUUACACAGGUCUCUUGGAGCUGAAAGAGGAAACUAUAGAGAGCCUAUUGGCUGCAGCAUGUCUACUCCAGCUGUCUCAAGUGGUGGACGUAUGCUGCAACUUUCUUAUGAAACAGCUCCAUCCAUCAAAUUGUUUGGGAAUAAGAUCCUUUGCUGAUGCUCAAGGCUGCAUGAAUCUGCUAAAAGUGGCUCACAGCUAUACCACGGACCAUUUCAUGGAAGUGAUUAAGAACCAGGAGUUUCUUCUGCUUCCUGCUAGUGAGAUUGCGAAGCUCCUUGCUAGUGAUGACAUUAAUGUUCCCGAUGAGGAGACCAUAUUUCAAGCUUUGAUGAUGUGGGUGAAACAUGAUUUACAGAAGAGACAACAGGACCUCGCAAUGCUCCUGUCUUACAUCAGAUUACCUUUACUGUCUCCACAGCUUUUGGCUGACUUAGAAAACAAUCCAAUGUUUGCUGAUGAUCUGGACUGUCAAAAACUUCUUAUGGAAGCCAUGAGGUAUCACUUGUUGCCAGAGAGACGACCCAUGAUGCAAAGCCCCAGGACGAAGCCCCGAAAGUCUACCGUUGGGGCACUUUACGCUGUAGGAGGAAUGGAUACCACCAAGGGGGCUACAACUGUAGAAAAAUAUGAUCUCAGGACAAACAAUUGGAUGCAAGUAGGCACAAUGAAUGGAAGACGUCUACAGUUUGGCGUGGCAGUGAUUGACAGCAAGCUGUAUGUGGUUGGUGGGAGAGAUGGAUUAAAAACAUCCAACACAGUAGAAUGUUAUAAUCCAACAGCCAAGGUCUGGUCCAUAAUGCCACCAAUGUCUACACACAGGCAUGGCUUAGGAGUAGCUGUACUUGAAGGGCCAAUGUAUGCAGUUGGUGGACAUGAUGGUUGGAGCUACCUUAACACUGUAGAAAGGUGGGACCCACAAGCUCGUCAGUGGAACUAUGUUGCGAGCAUGUCAACUCCAAGAAGCACGGUAGGAGUUGCAGCAUUAAAUGGCAAGCUGUAUGCAGUAGGUGGGCGAGAUGGCAGCUCCUGCCUACGAUCAAUGGAGUGUUUCGAUCCUCAUACCAAUAAAUGGAGCAUGUGUGCUCCCAUGUCCAAGAGAAGAGGUGGUGUGGGAGUUGCUACGUGCAAUGGUUUUCUUUAUGCAGUGGGAGGACACGAUGCCCCUGCCUCUAAUCACUGCUCCAGGCUUUCAGAUUGCGUGGAACGGUACGAUCCAAAAACAGACAACUGGACAACCGUGGCACCUUUAAGUGUUCCAAGAGAUGCUGUAGGAGUGUGUCUUCUUGGCGACAAGUUAUAUGCUGUAGGAGGAUACGAUGGACAGACUUACUUAAAUACUGUAGAAUCUUAUGAUGCACAAAAUAAUGAAUGGACAGAGGAGGUGCCUCUGAAGAUUGGAAGAGCUGGUGCUUGCGUUGUUGUGGUCAAAUUGCCAUGAAGCACCGAAAAGAAUGUAUUUUUUUUAAACUGAUGACCACAGGGAGUCAAAAAAAAUGUUGUAUAUACAAGAUUAAACAUUCCAAAAACAGCAUCAGCCUCACCACAGAUUGGGAUGUGCAUUAGGAAGAAGCAGCACAGACUGAGCUGUAGUCUGCUAGAGCUACUCAGCCAAAUCCAGAAUUACACAGAAUGGCACAGCCUCAUCAUAGAACAUAUAGUAUAUUGAUGGAAAUUCAUCUCCUAAUUAAGUUACAUCAGGGAAUGAAAUGAUCAUCAUUGGAGACUCAUUGUAGAAUGAAAUGUAUACUGAUGGAGCCUAACCAUUGAAUGAGACAAAUACUACUUUUGGAACUCAGUCUCUUGUCACUCUUUUUUACUGAAACCCUUUUCUAACAACUGAUUCUGCUUGAGCUGGUUUACUAGUAUUGUACUUGAAAGAAUUUGGAUAGUUUCAUGUCUGCUAAUAUUAAUGUGUAAAAAUAUUGUAUAUGAAACAUGAUUUCAGACUAACAUUUUAUCAACAUUCCUUUAAAAGUGAAAUGCAAACAAUCAAAACUAACUCACAAAAUUAAACAAUACAUUUUGAAACAUCACUUUAAACUGGAUAAUAAAUAGAGGCAAUGCUAAAACAAAUCACAAAGUUAGUUUCUAAUACUCGACAAUUCAAUUACAGGUUAAAAAAUUACCUUAUUCAUGAAACCAGAAAAAUGAUUCAAACCAAUUAUAAAAAAUUACAUAUAAAUACAUCGCCAAAAUAGGGCUUUAUAAGCAUUAGCCUAUGAAGACAUUAAUGUCACCCUUCCACAGGCCUACGCUUUGGUAAUGGAAAGAUACUUUACAAAAUCCAUGAUACUGUGUGAAGAGAAACAGGUCUGUGUGUUUUUCCUCAACUAUUCGGUUAUUUUUUUCUAAUUGAGCCAAGCCAUGUCGACACAGUGGUCAUCAACAACUUCACAGAUGGCAAAACAUUCCGUAGAUACCGCAAAGGCCAUCUUUUGUAAACGUUGUGAUACAUGCAUAGACCACCAGAAGCAAAGUAUAGUAACUCAAGCCUUUGUCCUAAUUUUAAGUCUGCCUUAUUUCAGAAAUAUUCACCCAAGAAUGAUCUUUUAAAAUGUUCAGAAAAUGCAUGGCUUAACCUUUUCUUUUAAAUGUCCUAAUGCAAAAUUAAAGCAGCCUCAAACUUAGAAAAAUGUGACUGUAAUAAAAUGGCAGGGAGUUAAUCUUGCAGACUCAUUUUUGUAGCACUGUUCAUCUAUGAAGUCUGCAUUGACAAUGAACUUCAAAUAAUUUAAUUUUGUAAGUAUUUUAAAAAUAGUUGAGGGUUAAGGAGUUUACUGUCAAGUUUUCUGGGGUGCAACUCCAAAAUGUGGGAUUGUAAAGAUUGAAAACAAUCAUCUCGAAAUUUUUUAUCCAUAUCAAUAUAACUGCAAUGAUCUGAUAUAAUUAUGAAAUAAGCUUACCGAGAAUGAAAACUCAGCCACAGAAGCAUUUUCUAAGUAACAUAGGAUUGUAAUUCAAAUAAUUAUAUUAUAGCCACACCACAAAUCAACUUUCAGAUAAUCAAUCAAUUCUUCCCUGAAUGAAUCUUUAAAUUAUCUGACAAAUUUAUAAGAAAUCACAGGAUGCACAGAGCAUCAAUAAAACUUUCAAACAAUACAGUUAUAAUUCUGAAGAGCUGCCCAUAUUUUUUCUCAUACAGAGAUCCUAAAGAGUCUCUUUAAGUCAAUCUAAAGAAUUUAAUAUUCCCAUUUGUGAUCAAAGAUAUAUUUAUACAACAUAAAAUGAUUAUCAAGUGGGCUAAGAAUCAUUUUAAAAUUAUAACAUGACAUAGUCUUUAAAGUUCAUACAUUAGUAUAGCAACUACAAACAAAUUACACCAAAGUUAGUCAUAGGUCAUUUAUGUAGUGCCAGCAAUGCAGAGUUAUAUUUAUGGAGAUAUGCAAGUAUACUGUUUAUCCAAACGUCUAUGUACAUAUCAUAUUGAUAUUGGCAAAUGUGUUAUUGGUGAAUCCAAUUUACUGAGCCUUUGAAUGUGCCAACAGAAAUAUAGCAGGUGUGUAAAAAAUUGCUGAAUGGACAAACUGAUAUUGAGAUAACUAUAUUGUACAAUAUUACAAAAUAUUUCCACCUUACUGAGCCAAGAUCAACACAAGACAACAUUCCAGUAUGGGGAGAAUACAUUUCUUCCCAUUGACAGGGAAAGUUAAAAUAAUUCAGCUGUUGGGCAGGUGGCGGGAAUAACAUUCAAACACAUAUUAAGAUCAGAGACUGGUAAUAGAACAUCUGGGCUUUGUCUACUUUGAAUCAUACUCUUCACCUCCAAUUCUUGCUGAUUUAGUGGUUACAGAAUUAAUAAUCAAGGAUAAUAAACUGAAGUCACAGCAAAUUUUUGCAACGCUUCUAUUUCUGACUUGAUUAUUUUUCUCAGUUAUUAAAGAAUGAAUCUGUUGCUUAAAGACUGGAAACUGGAAACUCCUCUCCCCCAAGAUUUUUAUAUAUUAAGGAACAAAAAGAGAAGUUAUUGGAAAAGCUCAGCAGAUCUGGCAGCAUCUGUGAAGAAAAGAAAAAUCAGAAUUAACCUUUCAGGUCCAGAGAUCCUUCCUCAGAAUGGAAGGGCCUGAGGAAGGGUCACUGGACCUGAAAUGCUAACUCUGACUUUUUCCUUCACAGAUGUUGCCCAUACCUGCUGAGCAUUUGCAGCAACUUCUGUUUUUGUUCCUGAUUUACUGCAUCUGUAGUUCUUUCCGUUUUAAUUCUAUAUAUUAAGGUUUAUGUUUGUCAGUCAGGAUAUUUUGAGUUGUCCCUGUAGUGGACUGCAGUAUAUUUUAACCAUCCUGCAAUGUUUAGUAGUCAGCAAGAUCAGCUCCAAGUGUUACCAGGGUCAUAGCUGACAAUAAAAACACGACAUUUCUUCAAACAGGCAAGCUCUGGUCUCAUGUGCUAAAAAUAAAAUGAAAGGGCAGUACAAUUUUCAUGACUGAAAUGUACCAAUCUUGCAACUAAUCCCAUUUGAUUACAACAUCGUAUUUUGAAGUUCGUAUGUGCUAGAAUAGUAGAACAGUGUCUCAGCAUAUCUAAACAUAUUUGCUAUCAUUAGCACUUGACAGUCAAUCACAUUUAUCUAGAAGGUGCUGCAGUGGUGCUCCUUACAUCUGCCAACAUUUAAAUUGCAGAGGUACUUCAAUGGUUUUGGGAUGUUCUGAAUACGGGAGCUUUGAAUUCUUCCAGCUGUGGCAAUUUAAUAACGUUUACAGUUCAGCUGCUGAUCUUAACUCUUGGGCUGCAUCUGAAAGAAACCACUUUCAGUUUUAGGGUUAAUACAGCUGACAAGACGAGUUGUGAAGGAUCCAUAAUUUUGUAAAAUAAAGCAUUUACAGUCCAGCACAUUAGUUUCUACGUAAUUUUUAUGCCACAUAAAAGCAAACAAGACUUUGCAAUUCAUUUGGUUUCAAAGACAUUUUAAAGUUAGAAGAUUUCAUGAGCCAUCUUUGACGUAAUGGUAAUUUUUAAACAAAUAGCAAACUUUUGGAAAGUUACAUAGGAUGAGAAAAUUCCUAUUUUUACAGACUAAUUUUGCAACAUGGGAGGCCAAAACUUGUAAUUAGAUCAGCUAUUUACGCUGCCUUUCGGUAUCAUCGAGACUCUGUAUUAGUGACGGAGUAUAUAUUUAUGUAAGACUGCAUCUUUUCAGUACUGUAAUUUAUACCAAACAUUUGGUCACUAAGAGGUGUUUUUUUUGUGUAGCAUGCAAGGAAUCAUUUCUUUCUUACUGCACUCUUGGUUCAUUUAUCUCUAAGUCUUCUGUGCAUUCUGAAGU